AUGGAUUCAAAUUCAAAGAAAUGUAACAAGAUCCGUGAGGUGGUUAGGCUUCAACAGAUCCUCAAGAAGUGGAAGAAAGCUGCAACAUCUUCCUCUGCUUCCAACAGUGCAGACAUGGUUCCAAAAGGCUUCCUCGCUGUCUGUGUUGGAACAGAGCUCAAGAGAUUCAUCAUUCCCACCCAUUACCUGAGACACCAAGCUUUUGAGAUUUUGCUCCAAGAAGCCCAAGAUGAAUUUGGUUUCCAGCAAGAGGGUGUGCUCAAAAUCCCAUGCCAUGUAUCAGUCUUCCAGAAAAUACUCAAGACCGUGGAGGACGACAACAACAACAAACAACCCUUGCUGCAUCACUCUGGCUUCCAAUGA